AUGGACGACAGGCGCAUUGACCUCGGCAUACUCACCACAGACGUGUACAAAAGCUUGGAUGAGUUCGAUGUCGAUUUCACCCAUGUCUGGAAAAAGUACGCUCGCGUGGCAAGAGACAUCGAGGACUACGAGGGGGUAGAGGGGCUUUCGGGGCAGAUCAUCCGCAGCAUGUACAUCAAAGGAGCUUCUCUAACAGCUCGUCUUGCCAAGACGUGCAAGACCCACAAGAAUCCAGUGACGUUCCGGGCAUUGCAUUGUAGCGCACAGUAUUCCUUCGCUGGGCUAUCCAAGUGGGUAUCGGGAGUUCUUCGAAGACAUCUUUCCGAUCUGCCCUGGUUGGUCCGCGAUGCUGUCGAUGCUGCGCGGCAUCUUCGUGGCCGCCACGCUGCGCCAGGCACCCGCUUGGCGAAAAUUGACAUCAAGGACUACUUCAUGUCUGGGUCCAUGGACGAGUUAAUACAGGAUGCGACGUCUCACAUGACAGGCGCUCAGAAAGCACUCGUUCAGCGUGCUUUGCAGUUACUACUUGCGCAUCAGUACGUGUCAUCACCACACUGGCCAAACCACAGGCACCAAGUCGUUGUGGGCUCUGGCAUGGGAUUGAUCCAUUCUGGGGAAGUGGCAGAUGUGGCCCUUGCAAACCGUUUAGAAUCCUGGGCGUGCUCGCAAUAUGUACGCAUGCAUUUCCAGGUAUCUGUUUACAUGAGGUUCAAGGACGACAUUUUGAUUGCAUAUCGUGACUUUGCAAAGUUCAGUGCCUUUCUUCGUAUCAUGCAACACCGAUCCAGAUAUUUCCGUUUGGUUUUGGACGAAGGGCAUGUCAAGGAGUCGCAUUGGCUCCAACUGUCGGUUUGCAUCGCAGGAGGAGCUUUUUCUGUAAAGCCAGCGUUUAAGAUCACAACUUUGACGAUCCCACUGGCGUCAACGAGUGCGCACCCGUGGUCUGUGCACCGGUCCUGGCCCAGGGCCAUGCUCCAGACCAUGCUAGCAUUUUGCAGCCACACCAGCCAGGAGAAGGACGUCAAACUUGAAUUCAGAAAUCGGCUCACCAACGCAUGCUUCAAUUCAUCUCUGUUGGAGGGUAUUUUUCCCAGGAGCCCCCCGCGCCCAAGGGAGACUUGCACCCCAGUGUGGUUGAUUCUUCCGUUUCACCCCCACUGGUGUAAACUAAUCGCUAAAGCAGUUAGCGUUUUCAAUUCCAACCCUUUUUUCCAGCGAAUGCUGGGCGAAUCGGGCUUGCAGGUUUCCCCCGUGAGGGUGGCCUGGCGGAGCUAUCUGCCAUCUCUUCGGGGGCGGAUGGCUUCGGACAGGGCCCGAAAAAUCAAUAAUUUGAAUGAGAUUUUUCGCACUGAAUAUGGCUUCCAUGGAGGUUGGUUGGGGCGGUAG